CGGAAUGUGGGCGCGGGCAAGCAUAGGAAAUUCGGCGCGCGAAACCGACAGCAGGAAGGAACACAGGACUCGACGGCGACGUAAGCACCGAGUCUAUCUAACUUAAUCCAUAAUCGACAAACAUCUACAUUAAUAUGGCAGAUCCCAAGGACGCACAAGAAGAACAUGAUCCAGACACUGCAGAAGACUCCAACCAUGACCCCCAAUUUGAGCCCAUCGUCUCCCUCCCUGAGCAGGAGGUGAAGACACUAGAGGAGGAUGAGGAGGAGCUUUUCAAAAUGCGGGCCAAGCUCUACCGCUUCUCCUCUGACAACGACCCCCCAGAGUGGAAGGAGAGGGGAACCGGGGACGUGAAGCUGCUGAAACACAAAGAGAAGGGCACCAUUCGCUUGCUCAUGAGGAGAGACCGGACCUUGAAGAUCUGCGCUAAUCACCAGAUUACUACGAUGAUGGAGCUGAAGCCCAACGCUGGCAGUGACAGAGCCUGGGUAUGGAACACACUAGCAGACUUUGCAGACGAAAGCCCAAAGCCUGAACUUUUGGCGAUACGUUUUCUCAAUGCAGAAAAUGCCCAGAAAUUUAAGGUGAAGUUUGACGAGUGCAAGGAGGAGGUCAGAAAAUCGACUGAGGAGGAUUCAGAUGAUGAGACCACAAAGAAAGUUGCAGAGAAACUGGAGGAGCUCUCUGUAAAGGAAGACAAGACGGUGGAGGAGAAGGACCAAGUAGAGGAGAAGAAGGAAGGCGUGAAGGCGGAGGAGAAGAAAUGAGAGAAUUACGAACUUGCUUUGCAGAUCCUAUUUUUCAGUUUCCCCCCCCACCCCCUUUUUUCUACAAUAGACUGUAUUGAACUGAAUUUGGACACUUGCAUUUUUGAAUUAUUUUUAAGUGGGUUUUUUUCCCUCCUUCUCGGGGCCUCCUAAAAUGGAGGUCGGAGCGACUCAUCCUAAACUAAAAGCGGCAAAAUGUAAUCAUCUCUUUUGCUCCCAGUUCAGUUUUUCUUGCACCGUGGAACGUCUCCAUCUUCCAUUCUAUUCAUCACCAAUGAUCUCUUCGGACAAACUGAUUUGAGGCUUGUGAUGUCUAGUAUUCCCACAUUGGGGUAUCGUUUUUUUUGGUUUAAUUUUGUCAUUCGGCAGCAGUUAGUUUUUGUAGGAAGAGAGGUUGACGGCCUGCUCGGUUGGAAGAGGUCGAAACGGACUCGGAUCGUGUCUGUCUGAAACUCCACCGUUUAGCCAACAGAAUUGCCUUGUAGGAAGUCUGUAUCUUCCUAGGGGUUAGCCCACGCCAGUGGGUUACUCUGGAUAGAGCAGAAAGGAUCCACUCCCAAGGGUUGAGAUUCAGGAUGUAUGCUGUGAAAUGCAGUCCCUCCACUGACAUGGUUGACCAGUUUAUCACACAAAACUUAAUCGCACGCCUAAUUAAUUUGUUACAUUUACAGAAUCAAAAGCCAACGGUUAUUCCGAUUUUGUUGUCUGCUGAACAUCCUAAGCGGGGGCCAGUAGUCUGUGUGUGUAGUCCAUAACAUUCCCUCAGAUUUAAAGCAUGUAGAUUAUGUAAAAUAGAAGAGUGGGACUAUGCCCUAUCAGAUGUGUGUGCUCAUUACCAUAUCAGUAACCUGGUAAUUGUGUUUAUUUUUUUUUAUUACACCCCUUGCCUCGAAGUGCAUCUAAUUGCCAGUGCAUCUGUAAAUACCUGUGUAUAUGGAUGGAAUGUUGCUGUUCAGUUGCACUCAAAUGGUUUGAAAUAUUUCCUCCACCUUCAAAUAAAAUCUCUAAGACCAUGCUUGCUGUAGUGAAAAUCUCCCACCAUCUUAAGUACUGAGAGGUUGUAAUGUAAGAUGACAUGGAUGUAUGGUUAUUAAAACUGUUUAAAACCAUUAAGUCUACUUGAAGAGUACCCAACUGUGUUUGAUAUCAUGUUUUUUGGGUACAGCGGCAGUUACUCAAUUGGCCUUUUAAUCUUCACCACUAGCCGUUUUAUUUCAUGAUUUUCUUUGGGUAAAUUAUGAACUCUGUCCUCAGAUUUUCUUGAUGUUUUGGUUAUGGCUGCAGAAGUGAAACGGCUGCACUAUGUAACAGUCCACUGCUCAAACUGUUUGGAUCAACAUUUCCACGAUCUAAAAAUAACCCAUAUUAAGGAUGGAUGUAAUUGAUCAAAAAGCAAGGCUGCAGUAUGUUAAUUAGAGUAGGUAAGAGAUAAAUUAGUCCGUAAGGCAUUGGAGUUUUCAGCAGUUAUGGCUUCACAAAUUUAUUUAAUGGGGUUUAAUCGAAUAAGGCUCAGGCACAACUUAAAUUGUAUGGGACACAUGUUAAAUUACAUUACAUGUACUUGAAAUAUACAACUUUUUC